GCUACAAUCCUGCGGACCAUCAGAAGUGCAGCACCCGCGGGCCCGGAAGGAGUUGACGGGAGCUGGGGCAGCGGCAGCCAUCGCGCUUUGCUGUUGGGUUUCAGAGGGUGUAGGGCUGACGCCAAUUAAGGAAUCGCGUUCUCUCCAAUCGCAGACCCUGUAAGAUUUGGAUAUGUCCUUCAUAUUUGACUGGAUUUAUAGUGGUUUCAGCAGUGUGCUACAGUUUUUAGGAUUAUAUAAGAAAACUGGUAAAUUGGUAUUUCUUGGAUUGGAUAAUGCAGGAAAAACAACAUUGCUACACAUGCUAAAAGAUGACAGACUUGGACAACAUGUCCCAACGUUACAUCCCACUUCAGAAGAACUAACCAUUGCUGGCAUGACCUUUACAACGUUUGAUCUGGGAGGACAUGUUCAAGCUCGAAGAGUGUGGAAAAACUACCUUCCUGCUAUCAAUGGCAUUGUAUUUCUGGUGGAUUGUGCAGACCAUGAAAGGCUGUUAGAAUCAAAAGAAGAACUUGAUUCACUAAUGACAGAUGAAACCAUUGCUAAUGUGCCUAUACUGAUUUUUGGGAAUAAGAUCGACAGACCUGAAGCCAUCAGUGAAGAGAGAUUACGAGAGAUGUUUGGUUUAUAUGGUCAGACAACAGGAAAGGGCAACGUAUCUCUGAAAGAACUGAAUGCCCGGCCACUAGAAGUUUUUAUGUGCAGUGUGCUCAAAAGGCAAGGUUAUGGAGAAGGCUUCCGCUGGAUGGCUCAGUACAUUGACUAACACCACCAACCUGCCUCAGGUCCAGGUCUUGCCAUUCAGGCCUACUCAGAGAUUGAUUGUUGAACAUGCAUAACUUGAAUUCAAUAGACUUUUGUUGGUUAGAAAACAGAUAUUUUUUAGAUUAUUAAUACUAUAUCGACUUAAUUUGAGUGACAAUUGAAAAAUGAUUCAAGUAAGUUUGAAUAUCACAAUGUUAGCUUUCUAAUUCCAUGAAGAUAAUUAGUUUUUACUGUUUGUAAUCUGACAUGACCCCCAGCGCCAUUUAUAAACAGCGACUUUUCAGCAGUACAUUUGAAGCACUUUUUAACAAUACGAAACUACAAAUAUAAACUAUAAUUAAAAGCUCAUCAUGUUAAAUUUUUUUAUGUACUUUUGGAACUAGUUUUUAAAUUUUAGAUUAUAUCUCCACCUAUCUUAAGUAUACAGUUAAUAAUUAGCUUAUUGAUGAUUGCAUGAUGCCUUACAGGUUUCAAUAAUAUUUUUUCUUAUGCAAACGUCAUGCAAUAAAAUAGACCCUUAUGUUUGGCAUCUUUGUUGGGCAAAUGUUUCAUUUUAAUAUGUCUUAUCUAGCUAGUAUGCUCUGAAAUGGAAUAUUUAUAUUAUACACAUGAGGUGGUUGUUGGAAAAGGAGAUUGCUUCAGAAUAUUUAGAAUAAUGUUUCAGUUCCUAGAGACUUUCGCAUUUACCAGGAGACAAGUUGUGUUUGAUUGUACUUUAUACCACUUUAUCUCUGAAUCCUGUGCAUUUUAAUCAGGAACACUACCAUUCCCAGUGCUGAUAGGGUCCGUGUCCUAGUCCCUGUGGGAUUGGCCUUCUAAAGAAAAGCACAUCUUCUGGUACAACGCAGGUUGGAUUUUGGUUUGCUAGGCCCCUUAGGUCCAUUCCAGUUGUCUAAUUCUCAAGUGCUCCAAUCUUACUGAUGCCUGGUUUGGUAAUCUCUGCCUGGUCACCAAACGUAGUGACCGGCCCCAGCCUCCCCACAUUUAGAGGUACUCCCCAGGCUCUUGAUACGUAAUGGCACUUCCCAGAGCAAGUGACAAAUAGGGUCUUGUGCAGUUCAUUGCAGGGACCUGUGAAUCUGCAGGAAAAGAAAGCCUGUUCUGCUCCAGUUGUCAUCGAAAUUGUGGAGAUAUUGCUCCUGUCCCAUAGCUCUUUUGCAUUCUUUGUCAUAUUUUAUUUCUUGGAAGGAAAGUGUAUGCGCUUUUUCUUUUCCUUAGUUGCCCUCAGCCAGCUGUUACAUUACAGCAUAAAGGCUUUUACUUUUAGAUGCAAUACUUGCCAUGUGAUAGUGUCCGCAAACCUCACUGUUAAACUCACUAACAAAAUUUUGGUUAGUUUUUAAAAACAUUUUAAUUUCCUAAGACAUUGAGUGAUUUUUUUUCCAUUUGAGGUUCCCCUAAUUAGUAAAAUAAGAUAAAAGAUAAGUGCCAAAUAUAUAUAUUUAAAGACUCUCAAGCUUAAGAUUUCUCUCUUGGUUAUAAACCAAGAUUUUAUAGUAUAUUUAACCAAUUCCAUUGAAAAUAGAUUGCUCUGGCUCCAUCAAGAAUAAUUUACAUUAAAAAAAGAGAAUAAUUUAAAUAUUAAAAUUAGUGUUUUCUCUAGCUGUUGUCCAAAUCAGUCACCACAGCCUUUCAUCGGUAAUGUUAACACAUGAGGCAGGUAAGGAUGAGGAGUAUGACUGGAAGGAACUACCAGUGAGCUAAACCAACAAGGCCAUUUCUUAACAUAACAUUGGGUUUUAGUGAUUUGGCUGUUCUAUUUCACUUUCAGCUUCCUUCCAAAUGAAAAUAAAAGCUUCUUCCCUGCUUAGAAACAUCAGUAGUACCAUGGGAAAAGUAGAAAAUAACAUUUCUGCCUGUUGGUUUAUUUUGCCAGUUGGUUAAAGUCCUCACUUCUGACGGCAUGCCUAACAGAACUGAGCCUUAUUAAAAGUAACUGCCUCUUGUUGAUGGUAGCUUUCUUCAGUUCAAGUAUUCCCUAAUAUCUAGUGUGAUACUUGGGAAGUUAAUUAUUUGUCUCAUAAGUUGGUAUAAAGAAAAAAGCUUAUUGGUUUCUCUAAAGGGGAAAAAUGGUUUUUUUGGUACACAAUAUCUCGUUCCAGAAUUCUUAUUCUAGUUCUGACACUGGGAUCAAAGAAACAAAGUCACUUUGUGGACCACGUCUAAACUGUGGAUAUUUUCCCAAUGACGUAAGAUUCCUGUGGCCUGAACCUCUAGAAAGAAGCUGCACUUAGCAGCAACCGGCUGCCUUCCCAGUGCCAGGGACGUGGGCUGCAGAGUUCCCCAGCCACUGGGCAUACUCCAGCUCUGAGAGCUCCUUGGAGCACACACACCGAGUCCCUGCUCCCUUCAAGAGAUGGCAAGAAGCAGUAGAAGCACUUGCAGAAAACGUAUACCCUGUAUGUGCCUGCGUGAGUGUGUGCACCUGGGGAGUAUGUUGCGUGUAAAUGGUCCUAUUAAGAAUAUAGAUUAACUUUGCAUCUCUCACUGUAAGGUAUGAAAAUGUAAUUGUUAACACUGUUAUAUACAAGUUAAGAUUCGGUUCCAUAUAAAUCAGGAUGUCCAAAAGGUGUUUUAAAAUCUUAAUUCCAAAACUCUAAAAAUACAAAGUGUUAGCCCACUUUUAUAUUUCUAAAGAGAUUCUUUAACCCCAUACCUACUUCAAUGACUGUUGUUAGUUAUACUUUUGGGUGACUGGUUAAAUUGAUAGAUUUCAGCUUAUCUUUAUAUUAGUGAAUUUUUAUUUCUGUUAUUUUUAUCUCAGUGAAUUUUUUGAAUGGAGAAUACAGCAUUUUUUAAAUUGGGGCAUAGACAUUUCCUAAAGUACAGUAGUGCCACCUUAUCCACAGGAGAGAAGUUCCAAGACCCCCAGUGGAUGCCUGAAAUCCCAGGUAGUCCUGAGCCAUAUAUACUAUGCUUUGUCCUAUAUAUACAUACAUUUUCACUUUAAGGAAACACUUUAUGGCUUCUCUUUGGCAUAUCUGAAAUGCCAGCAUCGUUACUCUUGUGCUUUGGGCUCAUUAUUAAGUAAAAUAAGGGUUCCUUGAACAUAAGCACUGUGAUACAUAGUCAAGCCAGCUACUAAGAGACUAAUGACUAACAGGCAGGUAGUGUAUGCAGAGUGAUACACUGGACAAAGAAUGAUUCAUGUCUUGGGUGGAACAGAGCGGGAUGACAUGAGAUUUCAUCACACUACUUUACUCAGAAUGGCACAAAAUUUGAAGUUUAUGAUUUUUUUUCCCUGGAAUUUUCUAUAUAAUACUUUUAGACCAUGGUUGACCACAGGUAACUGAAGCCUCAGAAAGUAAAAACAAGGAUAAGAGGGGAGACUACUGGAUAUGAAAAAAUAUUCUUUACCAUUGCUUAGUUGACUGAGUAUCUUUGAGUGCCAAAGAUGUAUGAAUUCAGAUGUUGCCUGCAUAGAUCUAAAUUUUAGUUUUGUGUGCCUGUGUACAUAGACAGAUUCACUGUGGUUUACAACAUAUAAGCAGAACAUUGUUUCUUUUCCUGUUUUCAACUGGCUUACCCUUCUCUAUAGUGUUUUCCAGUACAGAAACUACUUAUAAAUCAUUAAAUAGGGUAAUAGCUGUGAUAAUACACAGUUAUUCUUGCCUCCUGCAAAAUGAUUUGAUCAACCACAUUCAAAACCCAGCAUUUUCAUCCUGGCCUGUGUGACUCGGUUGGGCAUCACCCCAUGCAUCAAAUCCCGAUCAGGGCACAUGCCCGGGUUCAGGUUCGAUCCCCGAUGGGGGGUGUGCAGGAGGCAGCUGAUAUAUCUCUCUCCCCCUUUCAUUUCCUCUCCUUCUAAAAAAUAUCUCAAAACAAACAAACAAACCAGCAUUUUCACAAGUUCCACCAUCAAAAACAGUAUACUUCUUAGUUGACAUGAUUUGAAAGAUUCCAGGGAAAGGUUCACAUUUCCUAAAACUGUAUUUGGUAUGUGAUUCAAUGUGGCAUUUCAGUCUUUAUUAUUUUAGAGAGGAAGGGAGAGAGAGAAACAUCAAUUUGUUGUUCAACUCAUUUAUGCAUUCAUAGGUUGAUUCUUGUAUGUGCCCUGACCUGGGAUUGAACCCACAACCUUGGUGUAUUGGGAUGAUGCUCUAAGCAACUGUGCUACCCAGCCAGGGUAGCAUUUCAGUCUUGUUAGUCACGUGUCUGAAGUUUGCAAGGACUUAUUGCCAACUAAGUGUACCACAGUACACCGAGAAUAGCUAAUUUAAAGGAAAGUCUUUCAAAGUAUCUUGUUUUCAUUUUCUUUAGAGGGUAAUGUUUGGAUUAUUUUAAACAUAUAUAAAAGUUAGUGAAGCCUCAGAAAAAUCUCCAAGAAAGCAUGAAAAUAGAGACUAGCAAGUACAAAUUCCUUAAUUUAAAAUUAAUAGGAAAUUAAAGGCUUUCUAUAAACCUUAAUAUUUUGCUAUAAACAAGAGGAUUCAGGAAACAAUUUAUUUUCAGUGAAGGACUAAGUUCUCAAAGCUACACAUUGAUGCUUCUGGUUAUUUCCAUCAUUGUCCUGUUGAAAAGUAGAUCAGUGCUUUGUAAUAAAAAAAAUAAAUAAGAUGAAAACGAGCAAGCUCUUGUAACAGAGGACUGUGCCUCUGUGUAAAGUGAUCGGGAUUUUGCUGAAACCAAGGUACUACUCCUGAACCAUCCCCCCUCACAUACCUCUACUCCACACCUGGAUACAAAGACUCCCGAGGACGAAGGGAAAUCCACAGUCCAUUGAAGAUGCAAUUCGGAACCAACUAAUUUUUGUUCCCAGAAUUUAGAACAUUGAGUAGCUAAUAUAUGUAAUACCACUGGUUGAUUAUUCAGGUCUUUGAACACACUUUUAAAGUAGAAUCCAAAGUCAAGAAAACAAACUUAUCCAAAGUCAACUUUGUUUUAUAAGUGUCCCCACCCAAAAUAGAUUUUAGGGCAGAAAUGGGAAAGGGUUUUGUGUGAUUUUACGCAGAAUUAAUUUUUGGAAAAGCUGCAUUGGAGUGGAUGAAUUCUUCAGCAUGCAUUUUAAAUAGGGGAGGAGGAUUAGGUUUAAUUUUAGUUUAAAAAAUUUGGAGGGCAAAAAUACAUAUCAAAAAUGGGGGGAGUGUAAAAAGGUGACAGUUCUACAGUUUUGACAUACAAGUUGUCUUUGGAAUUUUUUUUCAUUGUCAAGUGUAAGGAUUCACAUCAGAAUGGCCUACUCUACACAGGUUUCUGUAUUCCCUGGUGCUGCUCCCAACCUGAGUGCAAUCGGCUGCCAUACUGAGGCGAGAGCACUAGGGUGAAUGUAGUCGGUGGUUUUAUAAGUGAUGAAAGCGUUUUCCAUGGUGAGGCCUUCAGUAUUUGGCUGAAUGCAGAGUAUGUUGAAGUGGUAAGGUGGUGAUAAGUUUUCAUCACUAGCCUUGUUUGCACUUUUGUACACUGCUUGCACUAGUAUCUUAGUGUGAAUUUUAACAGUUGUUUUACAGUGUAUACAGAUUGUUAAGCAUAAUUUAUAUAAAGAUAUUUCUGUUUACCUUUAUGUAUUUUAAAAAGAACACUACAAUAGAUGGUUAAAUGUUCUUGAAUUGUGUUUGUAUGUUAUUUUUAUGUUCUAUUAUCUCUUCACCUCCUAUGAAUUUGAUUGUCAGGAAUAGAAAAAUAAAAUGCUAAUCUUGUCAUUGAAAAA